AUGUUGCAUCGAGCAGAUUCUCAUCGCGCUUCCGCGAAGAUUAAACGCUGCAGCACCAACUACAGUCUCCUGACGACCUUUUUUAUAUUGGUGACCAUCUUUUGGAUUAUUGUGGGGCUUUUUGCCUCGGGCUAUUUGGCCAUGAAAUGGAUGAACGAGGGGACUACACAGGAAUAUGUAAGUCUAGGCCUGUUUAAUAUGCAUCAGACAAAAUGGGGUCCAGUUUGACCGGCUAGAUCACGCGAAAUAACCGAACGGUUACAUCGGUCAGAUUGGAGAUAAACCCGCCAAGUUUCGCCCUUACUUAAUUAAUAAAGUUCGAUUGAUUCAGUAGUCCCUCCAAGUUAUAUUUUCGCCCGUUUUCAGGGGAUUCUCUGGGUCGCAUUGAUCGUUACAUCCCUCUUUAUUGGAAACAUCAGCCUCUACUUCCAAAUCUGUCGAAUAAUAAGGGGUACUGCAUUCAAAUCUCCGCGGCCUUACAACCUUUGGCUUAAGUUCGACAUGGUCUACCGGUUUAUUGGAGCGGCCGUCAUACUCGCCUUAAUGGUGCUCGUCUUCUCGGUGAAGCGAGCAUUGCAUGUGGUUGGCGUGAUGUGGCUGUUCUUCUUGAUCAUUAUUGUUCAUGCCAUCAUUUUUCGGCAAAUUGUCUUCAAUGAAGGCACAAAGGUAAGCAAUUUCUAAGGUCAUUUAAAAGCGGCAAAAAAUAGCUCCAAAUAUAUCAUUUCUAUUGACUGACUUUUAAAGAUCGUAACAGCGCGUUCCGUUGUAAAAUCGCCGCCUAAAUUUCCCGUUUUCUCAUUCUUUUUCGAUGGAAAUCCUGACUUUUCCCUUCAACACCCAGAGUAUAGAUUCAAAAGAAUGAGAUUCUUCUUCCCUUUUAUGAGUCUACGCGUAGUGAUCGAUGGUUGCUAAAAAUGGAAGCCGCGUUGUAACCGAGACAAAUUUAGAACAAACCUAGAUCGCCAUAGACGCAACUAUCCGCAAACAAGAAGUUUCAUGUCACAAGACAAAACAGCUUUUUUAGAAGCUUUUAAAAAAGCUGUUUUGUCUUUAAAACGUUUCAAAAGUUGAGCAGUUACACUUUUACUUUUCUUACAGAUGAAGGCGUACAUCGAUCAAAGCCGACGGAACGGCACCGUUUCGUCCGAACGCAAUCUGUUCCGAAACUUCCAACAACGUCAGCUGAAGAGGGCGGCCCGCUUUCCGUGGUUCCGUCGACCGUCGUUGCAGCCGGUUCCGACGGGCGUCAAGAACAGUGUGAUUGUGAACAAUUCGUUGUAUGCGAACCGGCCGAUCAUCAAGAUCGACCCGGCUUCGUCGCAGGCCAGCGAAGCCGAGGAUGGGGAUUUUGAGGAUAAUUUGCCUUAA